GCAGCGUACUGUUUAUGUAUAAAAGCAUUUAAUCUUGUUGCAUGAGGUUGUUGUGGUCCUGCGCUUGUCCUGCGCUCACGCCCGGGCCCACGGCAACCUACUAAAUCGCCGCAAGGGGGAUCACUGUCGCCCCGUUGGAGCAAGUGGAAGCUCUGUGGAACUGCUGUAAUCAUGGAGGUCGUGGGUCUCCGGAGAACUCCAAAUCGGAUCAGCCUGGACGAUAUGCCGUGUGAAAUCCUCAUAAACAUAUGUUCCUAUCUGGACUACCAAGACCUGCUCCGGUGUAGCCGCCUGAGCCGUCGGCUUCGGGAUGUCUGUGCCCACGACCCCCACUGGCGCGGCCUGUGCUGGAAGUACUGGCUGGAGACAGAGUUACCAGAGGGCGCCACAUGGCGAUCGCACUUCCAGGAGCUGUACCGCGACCUACGGCGGUAUGUGCACUGCUAUGCGGCUAUGAAGGCCGCCUGGCAGAAGAUCAAAACCUUCAUGCAGCAGCACUGCCCGGUCAUCGCACAAUCCAUCAAGGGUAACGCCGGGACAACAGAGGAGCAGCUCGACGCAGCUGAGCGCAAGCUGGGUGUGCGCUUUCCAGACGACCUGCGGUGCUGCUACCGGAUCCACAAUGGGCAGCGGCUAGCUUCACCAGGGUUGAUGGGCAGCAUGAGCAUUCCGACGCACUACCGCUCGGAAUCUCUUUUGGACCUGGAGACAGCCAUCGCAGGAUUCCAGAGCAGGGAUGGCCUACAGGGCUGCAUGCCACUGACCUUCUGCCUACACUCGGGCCUCACCCAGUUCAUUGCGCUACACGACAUGGACGGCCACGCACCAGGGUGCGUCUUCUACCCAUCGCAGGACCUCACCCAGGGCGUGCGGGGGCACCCGCUUGACGCCUUCAUCACCGCCCGGUCCUUCGAAGAAUGGUUCACCGGUUAUGCCGACAUGCUGGAAAACAACGAGUUUGUGGUAGUCGACAACCAGCCCUAUAGGUUCUACCAUGUGCCAGGCUGCGAGCUGACGACGGACAACAUCACCGUCUCCGUGGCAACGUGCUUCAUGCCAGAGCUGAGCAGCGUGAAUCCCCCGCACUUCUUCCACACCUACCGGAUCACCAUGUCCAUGUCGGAAGAGGCGUCGGACCGCGAGAGCUGUCAGCUGGAGACCCGCCACUGGAUAAUCACCGACGAGAAUGGGCUGGAGGAACGUGUGGACGGCCGAGGCGUGGUGGGCGAGUAUCCCGUGAUGAGCCCCGGCGCCUACUUCUCGUGGGUGAGCUGCACCAGCCUGAGCACCACCUUCGGCAACAUGAAGGGGCACUUCGUCAUGCGCAACCUGCACACUGGCGAUAUGACCGAGGUUCACUGUCCUGUUUUCAACAUGAAGUGUCUACCGUACGUCACGUCAGCCGAGCGAGAAGCCAUCAAGCGGCAACGGGAUGCCGUCAAGAAGGCGCAGUGAUGCCCGCGGCCUCUCUUGUUGCCGUCUUUGAGUCAGCGUCACCGACGCUGUCUGCUCUUUCACGUCACCAGCGGCAUGGCCUGCAACGUUUCCUUAACACCAAGCUGCUCCUGCCUCAACAACCGCUGCGCUCUGGUUCAGUCGGGGAGCCACAAACUGAUUGUAGCGACCGUGGAAUUAACACUGGCUGCCUGGAGCAUAAAGACCGGGUGUCUCAGGCCGUCUGGUGCAUCGUGGCCGUGAUAGUCAGCUUGGUGAUGCAAUACCAAUAGGAUUUUUUCUUUUCCUUUUCUUUGUGUGCGUGUUUGCUUGGUUAUCUGCUUGUUGGGCCCAUGUGAUAGGUGCAUUGGCAUACAUUCUUUUUCCCCCUAAUUUGUGGGGUCUCAAGCGAUGCCGAGCAGCUGAGCCUGACACGCUUGGUGCCACAGGUUUCUGCAGCAGCAAUGAUUUUGGAGCAAUCGUUGUCAAGUGCCGUGUUGAUAAGAAGUGGUGACGUUUACGAACAGUUGUGGCCGCUGCCAAGCUGGUGUCACACACAAUGUUUUUCUUAAGCCGGUCUCUAGGAGACAGAAAGGACUUUCUGAGCAAUCAGUCUAGGCUUUUCUCUCUUUCCUUCUUUUUCUUUAUUUCGGGAAGAGGCUAUCUGCCCCACUAGUUUGGUCUGCUAAAAUUCCGAGUUCACGUCUUGCAAUAGAGACGUAAAGACAUUCUCGUUGCUUGCUACAGGUUUCGUUUUAGGUGAGAUGCGGUAUUGCAACUACAGCCUCGUAGAUUUUUGGUGGACAGUGUUACCUGGGUAGAUUUAUUACUAUUUAUUGCAAGUUUUGUCUGCAGACUUGCGAAACCUAAUGGUGCAAGUUUUUAUUUUUUGCCUCCUCCAUCGCUGCCAGUAGUGUGGGUGUUUUGUUUGAUCUUAAAGAGCUUUAGAGAGGUUGGUACAUUUCAUUCUGGUCCAUUGUAAAGCAACCUAGGAAUAUGUGCAAAUGAUUGAACAUGUUUGAUAUAUGCUGACAGCAUGAAUUCAAGUGCAAACGAGAGGAGAACGACUUUAAUGCUUUGUUGAAUUUUUCAGCUUUGCCUGCGCCUAUAACACCGGCUUUAUUCAAGUUCUAAAACAUAGGUUUCGGCCUGCAUCGUGGUUUGGAACUGGCCAUGGAGCAGUUGCAUGUUGCACGUUCACGUAGUCAUACAUAAUAGGUGCUUUUAUCAGUUUUUCGCUGUUCCCUAUUCGUUGACCGUACCGGCGUGGUCACUGCUAGUGGGAACACAGGGGCCCGUAAUAGCACUGCGCGGAGCUCUACCGCUGGCGCUUCUCUACCGCUUCUCCAAUCUCUACCACGUAUCACUUUGGUUGCAGCGCAGUCGCAAUCAAAGCUAUACGCAGAGCGCCCGGUGCGUCGUCUGCUGCAGUUCCAGAUUUUCUGCGCGUGCAUGGAGUGCUGACAACUCUGAGCCGCCACUGCGCGUGAUCGAGAUACCAAGGCACACGGCGAAGGGGAGGAACCAUAGCAGACGACGCAACUGGCCGGUCGCUUUGAUUGCACCCGCGCCGCAGAUACAAUCAGAUGCAGGUGCAAGACUUAGUGAGGCGCCAGUGGUGGCGCUCUGUGGAGCGGCGCAACGGGCUCCCGCGUUCCCGCUAGCAGUGGCUGUGCCUGUACAUGCCGAGAUUCACAGUUUUGUGCAGCGUCAGGAGACGGGCUGUGGUGACAAGGAUCAUUUCCUUGCUCGCAUUUCAAUUCGUGCAUUAUUUUGCCUCUGAAUUUAUUGCGUUAAUUAGUUUAAUGUUCUCAUUUCCUUAACCUUGAGUGCAUCCUGUGGGUGGUUCUCAUUGACCAUAAGGUAAGGGAUGCGCACGAAAUGUGUACAUAACUAGGAAGAACUAAGUCGGCUGUUUGUUGGACGUGCAACAUGCGAAAUGUGCGCCGGCAAUGAUUUUGCGUGUGCAAUGAUUGCCCGUGUUCUCGACGUUCCACUUUUUUCUUAAGUUAUGGCAGCUCCGGCUGUCCUCUCAACAACACCGUACAGGCAGUGUUUUCCGAGUGUUGAUGUGAACAACGCAGACACUCUUUUUUUUUACCUAUCCGUUCAUCAAGGGAAGUAAAUGUUGUAAAUACAUAAAAGUAAAUAAAGACAUCUGCAAUUA